AUGGGGCAUUGCUGGUUAAUGCUGUGUGUUAUUGCAGACAGGAUACUGAGGAAGAUACCAUCAAGUGCUGUAAUCAAGACUGCCAUUCUUCAAUUUCACUUGUCAUGCUUGGGUAUUGAUGCUAUCCCCAAGACCUGGUACUGCCCUAAAUGUAGGGCUUUACCAGAAUUCAAGCGAGGAGGAUCGAAGCAAAAGUGAACUAGCCUAAUAAGUGAAGCUCUGAAGAUGAACUCAGUUUGUACUUGUAAAUCUGUAGCCAACAAAAACGACAAGCUGGUAAAGUGCACUAACGUGGACUGCCCUAAUGGGAUGUUUUUCCAUUUGCCAUGUCUGGGAAGGAAGAGAAUGCCAAAUAACAAUAAAGUUUGGUUUUGUCCAGCUUGUAUGAUGAGUAAUGCACAAAAGCCAACUGAGGGUACAGCCCCUAAGCCAGCAGCCAUGCAUGUCACAGCAAACACCAGGCCAACUGUCACAUAUGUCUCAACAAACACCAAGCCAACUGUCACACAUGUCUCAACAAACACCAAGCCAAUGGUCAUGCACGUCACAACCAACAACAAGCCAACAGCCAUGCAAGUGUCACCAAACACCAAGCCAACAGCCACGCAAGUGUCAACAAACAUCAAGUCAACAGCCAUGCAUGUCUCAGCAAACACCAAGCCAGCAGUCACACAAGCCACAACAAGAGCAGAACCAACAGAAAGUCCUGGCAGUGAAGAAGUAACAAUUGUGGAAACUGUCUUAAGGAAGAGGCCUCCUCGUGACAAGUAUGGGCCAGAGGGAAAACUUGGCAAGUAUGAAUAUGACUUAAUCUCCUCCCCAAAUGGAUGGCUGGAUUGUGUCAUUAUACAUGAAGCCCACAUACUACUGAAGAAAAUCAGUACAAGCAUACAAGGAUUUCAGAGGCCUACUCUUGGUCCAGUCCAUCAAUUUGACAUUAUGACAAGACCAUUUAUCCAAAUAGUCAACGUCAAUAAUAACCACUGGGUAUGUUUUUCUAGCAUAAAUAGUCCUCCAGGUUAUGUGGAUGUCUAUGAUAGCUUAUCAACCCCCCUGACACAAGAGUUAUUGCAACUGGCUUCAGACCUGACCAGACCAGCCUUUAAGGGAGUUCGCUUUAUUCCAGUGCAACAACAGAAAAAUGCCUCUGACUGUGGUGUGUUUUCAAUAGCUUAUGCCACAAGUUUAGUUUAUGGCCUGAAUCCAAUGAAUGUAACAUAUAACAUUAGCCAGAUGCGUCCACAUUUAUUACACUGCCUAAUGGGAGGAGUUAUAACUCCUUUUCCUACCUCUUGA